UCUCUCUCCGAGCUCUCCCCGGGUGUCUUGCCUCCUGCCACGCCCACCACCCUAGCAGCUGCUGUUGAUACUUUCCCCGAGGCAGUUUAAUCAUCCGGCUUCCCUUCAAGGCGACAGAAUAUCGUCAGUGACUGCGGCCAUCCCAUCAUCGCAUCGCAACGGCGUGGCUGGCGUGACUGACAGCACCUCUUGUCGCAAGCUGACCACCUCGUCGCAAGAUCUUGUCCCUGCUUGCCUGCCUCAUCCGCCAUUACUGUCAGUCCCGAUGUUCGCGACGUGGAAGGGUCGUUUUGUGGGGCGCAUCGAGAGGUUCUUUUACAACUACACGUGCUUCGUCUACCGGCACCCAUGGAAGUUCAUCUGGGUGACUCUGCUGCUGUCGCUGUCUGUGGGGACCCUCACCUUCUUCCGUCAGAAGGAAUUCGACACCGAGAUCAACUUUGCUAUGCCAGACAGCAAGGCGGUCAAAGCAAGGUGAGCCAAUCAACCCUCCGACGGUUCAUGGCAUCCGUCAGACAUGCUUGCUUGCUUGUUUCUGAUGGUUGGUUGUGUGACGUGACAGGGAGUUGUACGAGAAGCAUUUUGGUCAGUGGCCCCGGGAUGCGGCCGUCGUGGCGUCGGCGGUGGAUCCUGAUGACAACCUGCUGACCAAGGAGCACCUGGAUGAGCUCAGGGCGCUCACAGACGACAUUGCCAAUGUCACAGUGAAAGUGGACGGCAGGAGCUGGAGAUUCGAGGAUAUUUGUGCCCGAGAUGGGACGGGCGAAUGCGACAUGGCCACUGUACGCACACACAGCUGAUGCUGUGCCACGCACAGGCCAGACAGCGAUAGGCUGGCACCCUCACACACUGCUCUGCUGGUGUGGUUUGUGUGGGCGUCGAUUGGUCAGGUGUUCAUGGUGUAUGGUGAGGACAGCGAGGACCGGUACGGCACCCCUCUCAACUACCCCAGACACCCCUCCAUCCGCCACGGCGGCCUGUUCCCCUGGCCUGUCGCCUUCCUGAUGGGCAACAUCACUGUCGAGGACGUCAACGGUCGGCAGAAGGCCACCCGCGCCAGCUCAUUCAUCUUCCGCUGGGCAGUGACCCCUGAUGCUGCACCAAAAGCCGCUAUUCUCCAGUGGGAGAAGGCCUUCCUGCACAAGGUCAUGGACUGGACCCCAGAGUUCCGCGACAAGCAUGGUAUUGAGCUCCUUCGCUACGCACGGAGGACACCAGGUACGUAAGGAUGGGUGGAUUUGAUGCGACACAGACGUGACGAAGGUGAUUUCUUCCUUUCUUUCUUUCUUUCUUUCUUUCUGUGUGUGUGUGUGUGUGAAUGUGCAGAGGAUGAGCUUGCCAACAGUUUCUAUCCGCUGAUGGAGUUUCUCAUCCGCAUGGGGUGCUGUGGUCUGGUGGUGGGCAUCUACUGUGUUGUGGCCAAUCUGUCGGGAUUCGGCAACGGACACAAAUCUAAGUAAGUCAGUGACACGGUCGGACGGUGUGUGCAGCUAGCUCACCUUGUCCGUCCGUCCGUAUAACUAACUGUUCAUCUCUCUCUCAUCCAUCGUCUGUGUUCAGGUUGGUCCCCGCCAUCAUGGGCCUGGUGAGUGCGGUCCUGGGAUCCUUUCUGGGCUUCGGUAUCGUGUACAGUGCCGGGUUCAAGCAUGUGGUGACGAUGGAGGUGACCCCAUACCUGUGCAUGGGCAUCGGCGUCAACGACCUCCUCGUCAUCCUCAAUGCAUACGCACCCGCUUCCCAAAUCGAGGCAGACCCCAUGAAGAAGUGCGCACGGACCAUGAAAGACUCAGGUACGGGGGGGUGGACCCACUCGCACGCACACACACGGCACCACGUUUGCCCAUACACAUCGGCGGCCACUCAUUGGUGUGCGCGCCGUGCUGUGCUGUGCUGUUGCUGUGUGUACGUGCAGGUUUGGCUAUCACGAUCACCACCCUGGCCAACGUCAUCGCCUUCGGCAUUGGUGCGUCUACUGGGUAUACGGCUGUGGUCAAUUUCUGCGUCCUCACUGCCGUGGCCCUCGGCUUCGUGUACAUCUAUGCCCUGACGUUCUUCCUCCCCUUCCUCUGCCUCGACGCCCGCCGCGAGGCCUGCAGCCCCCCCUCAUACUUGAAAGGCUACUUUGGGGUGGGGCGUGGUGGCACUGCCAAGGGCGACGCCACCCCCUCGACCAACAUCAUGAGCGGCGACAGCAGCAAGCCCGAGGUGUCCCCUCCCGCCUCCACACAGGCCUUCUCGCCGCAACCCGAGGGCGACCGAGACAUCGCCUUCCCCACCAUCGAGACCAUUGACCUUGGCCCAAGCGGAGACUAUGACGUGGAAGAGGCCGGCAAGACGACCACGCUGACGCCAAUCAGAGAGGAAGAGGAGGCAUCCGAUGCCGCCGAGGCCGUCACUGAAAUCAGUGCCGUGGCCAGUGGCGUCCACGAGCUGGUGGCCCUGCAGGUGCUGCAGCAGGAGGACCGCAUCCAGCAGAAGCUGCGGCAGAGGCGGCAGAGGCGGCAACCGGCAGCCGGCAGUGCAGCGACACACGAGGCCAAUCAUGCUCCCGAUGUGGAAGCGCAGGCGCCCCGCCAAGAGAGCGAGGCAGACUCCAAGACUGCCGGUCCCCCCUGCAGCGGGUUCUUCUCUGUCCAGCUGGCCAAGCCCGCCGAUAGCAGCCCCGUAUCUGUGGACGUGGAGGAGCCCAGGGGCCUUCACGGCAAGUGGAUGCGGCUCUACUUCAGACGCUUUUGGGGCAGGUGGCUCACCAUCCCAGCCGUCAAGGUACGUGAGAGAGAAGAGAGCGAAACCAACCUGCCGCACAGCCAGCCGGCGUUUGUACGUAUUGUGUGUUUAGGUGUUUGUGGUGGCGCUGUGGUUGACCUACGUGGGUUUGUGUGGGUUCUCGGCCUCCAAGUUGCGUGUGGAGUUUGAGGUAUCGAACACGGCGCCGUACGGCUCUUACUUCAUCGACUUCCUCGGCGGUGUCGACGAGGCCUUCGGAGGGUUCAACCUUCCUGGGGUGUUGCUGUACUCGGAGAAGCAGCAUUGGUGGACCAAGGCCACUCGGGAGGCCUUCAUGGAGUUCGAGGACGAGCUGACGCGGGUGGAGGGCGUCCACCCUGAAACACAAAGCGGCCUCUAUAGAUUCUACGAGUUCUACAGUCGCACCCCAGAGCUCCUGCAGGAGCUCAACGAAAUGGAGAAUGACCCCAAGGCAUUCUCUGACAAGUAAGUGAGACAGAUACACAGGCAACAGCAAAUUUCUCCUACUUCAUCUGAUGUCACCGAGUGUGUGUGUGUGUGUGUGUAUGCGGUUUGUCUGUUCUGUUCAGGUUGCGUCAGUGGAUGAACAGGACCAUGAUCACCAGCACGCCCUUCAAGCUCUUCAAAACCGACUUCAACUUCAACGAUGACGGUACGCGCACAAGCUAACGUGGCAGCCUCCCUCCCAGCCGAGCCGAGCCAGCACCUUGAUGAUGCGUCUUUUGUGUGUGUGUGUGUGUAGGUGAGUUGGAGGCCUACAAGACCAAGUUCUUCAUGCGGGCGUACAGCGACCCGCCCCUGGGAGGCGCACCCCUCAUGCAGCGCAUCCGCGAUAAGUGCGACAGAGUGAAGAGGGACCACGGCAUCACGGUGGCCACCUUCACCGACGCCUUCGUCUACUACGAGAGCGACCUGAUCCUGGUCCCACAGACCCUCGUGCAGCUGUCCGCCGCCCUCGUGGGCGUCCUCCUCGUCUCCAUCUUCCUCCUCCACGGCGCCAUCACAUGCGCCCUGGUGCUGGUCAUGCUGAUCAGCAUCGACCUGGGCGUGUUCGGCUUCAUGACUGUGUUCGACCUGCCGCUGAAUCUCAUCACCUCCAUCAACCUCGUCGUCUCCAUCGGUUAGUGUAGUGAGUGUGUGUGAUCACGCCACCGUGCCAUACGGCACACGAAGCGACGGCGUGUCUGUACUGUAUGUAUGGCGGCCUGCCGGUUGUCUGUCUCGUGUGUGCAGGGUUCUCUGUGGACUUCACCACCCACAUCUGCCACGCCUACACGCUGGCAGUGGGGCGCACACCAAACCACCGUAUGGUGGAGACGAUGGCGCUGAUGGGUGCCCCCGUGUUCAGCGGCGGCAUGUCCACCUUUCUCGCCUUGACGCCCUUCCUCAUCGUUCAACGCUCAUACUCAUACGACUCGUGGUGCCUCAUGAUGAUACUGGUCGUGGCCUGCGGCGUCCUCCAUGCGCUGGUCUUCCUGCCGGUCAUCCUCUCCCUCCUCCCCAUCAGCAAGGCCAGGAACCGCACCAAUAGCCAGCCCAAUCAGGCCCCGACUGAGGCGCGGGGGCAGGCUGCCAAGGGUCAAGACAACAAGGGCGCUGUGUCACUGCCGGCGUAAUUGAUCAUUGGACUGGUGUGUGUGUGUGUGAUACCUCGUGAUGCGUGUCCUGUUCUUGUGCAUAACCGUGGGUGACUUGUUUUGGCUGGGCUGUUUGCACGCUUGCAAACAGACAUGCACGGCUGGCUGGUUUAUUGGGGGGUGCGUGGGUUGCCCGGCGGUGCGGUGCGGUGCUGUGCGGUGCGGUGCGAAAAUCUCUUCGACUGCUGGUCACUCAGAUGUUUGUGUGACCACUGGGGCGGCCGUGGGCGUGGCGUGCAUGUGUGCGUGUGGGGUGAUUGGUGCCCAGGCUGCUCUUUCCCUUUUUCAACGACCCACCCCCCACCCACCCACGAGUUGGACUGGGAGGGAGGGAGGGAGGGAGGAAGUCUUUUUGGUGGGUCUUUUGUGGCUGUGCCGUGCCGUGCCGUGCCGUCCGUUGGUUAGUUAACCUGGUAUGUACCAACCAACCAGUAGAGGGACGGAUGGGAUGGACCAGCGUUGGUUGUUUUUUACUCUUGAAGGAUCGUUUCUACGUACAUGAUACACUGACAUGAUACACACCCGUACGUACGUUACAGUAUGUACAGUCGCGUACACGUGAGUGAGUGUGGUUUGGUUGUGUGAAUGAAUGAAUGAUGGAUGUACUCGAUUUUGUCAAGUCCCUCCCUACUGACUGUACAGAGGAGUAGUCUCGUGGAACUUGUGUAUCGAGCUAUCGAGCUAUCUCUCCCUCCUCCUACUUUCCCUUCCCCUCCCUGUCUCUUGCCUGCAUGCUUGCGUGUCAGCUCAGCUGGGUAGGUAGGUAGGUAGAUGGAUGAGCUGUGUGGCGUCUCUUGUGUUUGGACCGACGGACGGACGGAUGAAUGGAUGGAUUACGUGCAGUACAUGCGCGGAAGGGACGACGAUCAAAU